AUGCCGAACUUUAGAAAUUCAAAUACGAUGCUGUCUAAAUCAUCGUAUUUGAAGGCAGCGAUCAUACCGAGGAACGUAUCGGUGAAAACGAGGUGCCCGGAAGCAACCGCUGUCCAGGAUAGGAUAGGAUCACGCGCGCCGUGCCGUGCCGUGCCGGGCCGGCCCGCCUGCUCUCCUUCGGUUUCCCGCGCCGCAACGGGUGAGCGGAGCACAACGGAACGGGGCAAGCAGCCGCUCCCCACCACCGGCUGGCUCGGUUCGCUGGCACCCAAUCGAGACCGGCGCGGCGUGAGUACGUAUGCACCCGUUUGA